GAGCCUUUCUUCCACAACUUCCACGAACCACAAGUGGACAAACUCUAGUGAACCCAGUCCAUACCUCUAUGGCCAUAUCCGCUGGAACCAAGCGGGCGAUAUUCGACGUGGUUCUCUUCGCUGCCUCACAAGCAGCCCUGUACUAUACCAUACGAUGGGUGGUGCAGUCCAUGAACCCCGUGGAGAAGAAGGAGGUCAAAGAGAAAAGCUUGAAAGCACUAGAGAGGCUGGGUCACAAGAGUUUGGCUCUGGACGAUUAUGAGAGGCAGAUAGCCUCCGAAAUUAUACAUCCAGACGAUAUUGACGUGCACUUCUCAGGUAUCUGUCUUAAGAAGUUGGCUAUGUUCUCUUUUGACUCAUUCUGCCAGACAUUGGUGGCUUGGACCCUAUAA